AUGAACAACGUGGAGUGGACGAUAGCGGAGAUGUUGAAUAAUCCUGAGAUUUUGGAGAAAGCCACCAAUGAAUUGGACAUGGUAGUUGGUAAAGACAGACUUGUGCAAGAAUCAGACAUACCACAACUCAACUACAUCAAAGCUUGUAGUAGAGAAUCUUUCCGGCUUCACCCAACUAAUGCCUUCUUGCCUCCUCAUGUAGCCCGAAAAGAUACUACUCUCGCUGGUUAUUUUGUUCCCAAAGGCAGUCAAAUUCUUGUGGGCCGUCUAGGGCUUGGUCGCAAUCCUAAUAUAUGGGACGAGCCUAACGUGUUCAAGCCCGAACGCCACCUCGCUGGCCAUGUUGGUAAUUCUUUCGAUGUGACUUUGAUGGAGCCUGAGAUGCGAUUCAUAAUAUUCAGCACUGGUCGGCGUGGCUGCCCAGGUACUAAAAUUGGGACAUCUAUGACCAUAAUGUUGCUAGCCAGGCUUCUUCAGGGGUUUGAAUGGACCCUCCCUAAUGGUGCAAGUCAAGUCAAGCUUGUUCCAGCGGAUAGUAACUUGUUCAUGGCCAAACCUCUACUCGCAUGUGCGAAACCAAGGUUGGCUCCAACUUUGUAUUCCAAAAUUCAGGUCUAA